CCACCCAUCCCGGCUUCGCUUUUCUAUGGAAGCUGAGCAGUUGUGGAGAGAGCAGCAUUGAGAAGCGCAGCUGCUGCCCCCGUAGCUGACUUGCCAGAUAUAUUGCUUAGUGAGUGAUCUCUUCGUUCCAGAUGCCCAAUUCACUUCCUUUCUGGGUUUCCAAACGUUACAGGAACAUGGAAACUUCUGCCGUGGACCCAUUCCCAAAAGAAGGAAUAUCACAGGAAAGCCAUGUAGCUUCAGCUGGAAGGACCCACAAUAGUAUCCCCUUCCAGAAUGUGGCUGAGGAACAUGGGCAGGGGUGGAUCAGAAGAAACAAUAGAGAGGUGUCACAACCUGUGCUGGAGAAGAGUUGCACGUGCCAAGAUGUAAAAGACACUUUUGGAAAUUCAGGGGUAAUGAAGGAAAAUGGAAACCCAACUGGUGAAAGGAAUGAAUCAUUUGCUAAUUUGGACCUUGGCGUCCAUGAAAUUUCAGUCCACCCAGACCUUCCAAAAGAAGGGGAAAACCACAAGGCUCCUUCACGUGUAGAAAGUUGGGAUGAAACGUUGGAUAGGAACCUGCGCUGGAAAACCCACCCAGGAGAGAAGCCGUUUCAAUGUCUUGAAUGCGGGAAGAGUUUUAGCAGGAGCUCCGAACUGAUUAGGCAUAAAAGGGUUCAUACGGGAGAGAAACCCUAUGAAUGCCCCGAGUGCGGAAAAAGCUUCAGUCAAAACAGAAACCUUGCUUCCCAUCAAAGGAGCCACACGGGAGAGAAACCUUACAAAUGCUUGGAGUGCGGGAAGUGUUUCAGUAACAGCGGCAUUCUCACUUCCCACCAGAGAAGCCACACCGGAGAGAAACCCUAUCAAUGUUUAGAGUGCGGGAAGUGCUUCAGUCAAAGCGGCAUUCUCACGGCGCACCAAGCAAUGCACACGGGGCAAAAGCCGUUUCCGUGCCUGGAGUGCGGGAAGAGGUUUCGCCAGCUCAUACACCUUACCUCUCACGAGAGAAUCCACACGGGAGAGAAACCCUUCCGGUGCCCGGAGUGCGGGAAGAGUUUCCGUCAACAUAUACAUCUGGCUUCUCAUCAAAGAACCCACACGGGAGAGAAACCUUUUCGGUGCCCGGAGUGCGGGAAGAGCUUUAGCCAGAGUUCACACCUGAUUCGGCACGAAAGAACCCACACGGGAGAGAAACCGUUUAAAUGCCUCUCGUGCGAAAAGAACUUCGGUCACAGCUCCGAACUGGUUCGACACGAAAGAACUCACACGGGGGAGAAGCCCUUUAAAUGUCCCGAAUGCGAGAAAAGCUUCAGUCGCAGCUCUGAACUUAUUCGGCAUAAAAGAAUCCACACUGGAGAGAAACCCUAUAAAUGCUUGGAAUGCGACAAGAGCUUCAUCGAUAGCACAAACCUUAUUAGGCACCAGAUAAGCCACACGGGGGAGAAACCGUACAAGUGUCCAGAGUGCGGGAAAUGUUUCAGUCAGAGCAGAAGCCUGACGGCGCAUCGACGGAUUCACACGGGCGAGAAACCCUUUAAAUGCCAGGAGUGUGGGAAAUGCUUCAGUCAGAGUGGGAUCCUUACCGCGCAUCAAGCCAUGCACACGGGGCAGAAACCUUUCAAAUGCCUGGAGUGCGGGAAGAGGUUCCGUCAGCACAUCCACCUGACCUCCCACCGAAGAAUCCACACGGGCGAGAAGCCGUUUAAAUGCCCGGAUUGCGGACGGAGCUUCCGUCAACACAUACACCUCACCUCUCACAAAAGGAUUCACACCGGGGAGAAACCUUUCCAGUGCCAGGAAUGUGGCAAGAGUUUUAGUCACAACUCCAUCCUUAUUUCUCACGUGAGAACCCACACCGGAGACAAACCUUACAAAUGCUUGGAGUGUGGAAAAAGCUUCACUUGGAGCACCCUCCUGAUUAGACACGAACGGACUCACACCGGGGAGAAACCCUUUAAAUGCCAAGAGUGUGGCAAGGGCUUUAGUGAGGGCUCACUACUUAGCAAGCACGAGCGGCGUCACGCUGGGGAAAAACCCUUCAAAUGUUUGGCGUGUGGAAAGAACUUUUUUUCUAGCACGCUUCUUAUUCGACAUCAGAGGACUCACACCGGGGGGAAACCGCUGGAUAUUUGGAGUGUGGGAAACGCAUCAAUUGUUUGAGACAAAAGAAUUUGAAGAGGAGAAAAUUCUUAGCCGUGAUCAGAAUGGGACAAAAGUUGUCACGCCCUCAGUCCAGCAAUUAUUUACCAAAAAUUUGCUGAGUAAGGCACCAUAAUUAUUCUUUUCAUGGAAUAAGAGUUUUUGACUUAGCACCGUAUCGUCAUCAGGAAAUGAUGAAGGGGCAAUGUGAAGCAGAAGUGCACAAAGCAAGGCAGGAUAGCCAUAUAUUUCUCGGAAACUAAACCAUCAUAAAUCCAUCAUCUUUAUGCUCUUGACUUCCUCGAGAAGAAUGAAAUUGAAGAAACUCACUAAUUUAAUGUUUAUGGUUUAAGUACGUUUCUUAGUCACUUCAGCGAAGGUUCUUUAGGUCAGUAUUUUACAAUCUUAGCAACUUUAAAAUGUCUGGAGUCCAACUCCCAGAAUUAGCCAAGCUGGGGAAAUCUGGGGGUUGGAAUUGUUGAAAGAAAAGUUCCAGGUCCAGUUCCAAGCCGGGAAUAAAAUGGAGGCUGACUGGAAAGAAAGUUGGUUUAUUGAUGAACAGAACCACCAACAUGUGAUACUGGGACAGUUGACAAAAUGGAGCUAAGAGUGGGUGGGUUUUAUACCUUCUGUAUUCCUACAGAGUCAUGUAGGGGUCCUGGCUGGCUCUAGAGGCAAAAGGGGAAAUGCAAAUCCUAGAUGUUUGUGCUAAUUUUGUCAACCUUUGGCUUGAUUGUGUUGCUUAUUGUGUUGCUUAUCUGAAGUUACUGCCUGAUCCAGUCUUUCUGAAUGGAUUACCAAAUUUGCAUUUCUAAAAGCUGGCCUCCUCAGUUUCUGCUUGGGGAAGGGAGACUGAUGCUGGUUUCGGCCUCCCUUAACAUUUUUUUUCUCCAUUUCUCCUUUAGGGGAAAUAUUCUAUCCUACCUUUUUAAUAUUCCCCAAGAUAUUUCAUUCUUCAGUGAGCGGGAACUUCCCACACAGUCCAGAUGUUAGAGUUCCGAAGAAUGCCCUAAUUAAUUCAUGAGCCUCGAGCCAAGUUUCAAAAGAAAUCCAUUUAUUAGGAGCAACAUGUUGGCAUGUAUCCAAGCAGAGUCAGCCCUACGUAAUUUACGGCCUCACUAUGACCCUGUUUCCCCCCUCCUCCGUGAGUGUGUCAUAAAUCACAUUCUCCAACGGAGCACUUUCGCGGGCUGUAGAAAACAUGCCUCUCUGGCUGGCUCUGGUAACCUAGGAUACAAUCUGGAGAAAGGUAUGCAUGGAAUGUGCUUCUGGCAGCCAAGCUGCUCCAUUAGUUCUCCCCCCUCCUGUCUAUGGCAACUUGAGAGCAGGUCUGGAAUCCUUUACGAGCUGAUAUCAGACAUCUUAAAGUUGUUAGAGUGAACAUGUGUGAUUCAACACUUUUCUGCACUGCUUCUCCUUGUAUGGGGGAAGGCACUCCUUGGCAUUUCUGUUUAUUUUCCUGUUUUUCAAAUUCAUUUUGAAAAGUAUAAGGCCAGCGGCUCCCAACCUUUUGGGCACCAGGGACCGAUUCUGCGAAGAGAGGUUUUCCGCAGACCGGAGGGGGCAUGGUUACAUGUGCUGCCUGCAUCUCAUGGAUGGGGCUUCAUUUGUUUUGCGCAGACCAGUUUCUGGCAUGCUGCGAACUGGGGGCGAUCCAGUUGGGGACCCCUGUGUUGGAAGAAAUGUCCCAUCUGGGUUCAGUUCCAAGCGGGGAGAAAGAUACUGGAAACAUGGAGGCUGUUUGGAAAGAUGGUUUAACGGUAGACAGGACCACAUGGUUUGAGGUCCUGGGCAAUUGAGCACAUGGGUGGGAGAGAGAAAGAGAUUCAUACCCUUUCUUGGGCUUUGAACUUGCUUCCUGUUCCUGUGAAAGAAAUGCAUUCUGAUUGGUUGUCAGUCUCCCACGGGGCUAUGCAGGGGGAGUUUGUAGGUUGUCUUGAGUCCCAGGCUUGGUUGAAUCUUGAUGGGUAAUGUAAUGAAGGGACUUUGGGCAAUUUCUAUUAUGGCUUAAUGGCUUUGUCCUGGUUUGGAUCUUGAGGGAGGGCUAAUCCUAUCAUGUCCUGAGGAUGAAGGAUUUUGUUUUGUAGAUAAGCUGGCCCAGCCUUUUGUCUUGUAGAUAGGUUGGCACCAGUCUUUCUGGGGCCAUUAACAAAGGUGAGGGCUGCUUCCAAGAGCAUGUUUCUCCUUUUCUCAUCCAGGGAGGUAUAAUAUUCUGCCUUUUUAAAAUUUCCUAGAAUAUUUCAUUCUUCUAGGAGAGGGGUGGGUGUGGGUGUUAACUUCCUACACUUACAUUAGGCAAUACUCAAGGGCCUAGUUGCUGUUCAUGUCCUAAAAUGGAAAACCAAUCUUCAUUUAUCAAAGCGAAAGGACCACUACAGUUAUUGUAAGCCAAACUUUUUCUACAUAGGAGAUGACUUAUGCAUGCUUAAGUGUUGUGAAGGCUGCUCAUAAGCUAAGUCCCAGCUAGGUAAGGGUUAAACAUAGGUUUUGGGGAAAUAGGGAGGUUGCACCAAUAGAGAAGUCAUGAGAACAUCUGUCGUCAUGACAACAAAUAUUGUCAUGGUAGCACCAGUGGGAAAGUGAGAGACAGCCAUUUUUGGUCUUUUUCUAAGAGCGUGACUCCAUCCAUCUGAUAUUACUGCCAUCUUGUGGCCGUAUUGCAUAAUAGCACCCAGGCAUCCUUAACAUUGCUCAUCUGUCAUCAACAUGUGAAACUAUUUGAACGAAGACAAAGAAAAUGCAGCCAUUUUGACAAGUAGUCCUCGACUUAUAACAGUUCAUUUAGUGACCAAUCGAAAUUACAGUUGAAAUUGCACUGAAAAAAAUGAUUUAUGACUGUUUUUUUCACACUUACAACCAUUGUAGCAUCCCCAUGGCUGCAUGACUAAACUUGGCGACUGACUCUUACUUAUGACAGUCACGGUGUCCCAGGUUCCUGUGAUCCCCUUUUGCGACCUUUUGACAAUGGGGAAACCGGAUUCAUUUCACAACCAUGUUACUAACUGAGCAAUGGCGGUGAUUCACUUAACAACUGCGGCAGGAAAGGUUGCAAAACUCGCUUAGCAAAUGUUUCACUUAGCUUAACUGUGGUGAUUUGCUUAACAACUGUGGCAAAAAAAGGUUGCUGAAAUGGGACAACAUUCCCUGUGCUUGGUGUCUUGCUUAGUGACAAAAAUGUUGGGUUCAGUUGAGGUCGUAAGUUGAGGACAAAUUUUCAUUGUGGCCAGCUAGGAAACUUCAUCUCAAAAAGGAGCAUUUUGAGGGGGAGGACACAAAGCUGUAAAGCUUCUCCUCGUCACAGAAAUGUACCUAGAUAAGUCAGUAGCUGUAUUUGGGUAAUCAGUUUAAUAAAAAUUUUAUUUUAUUAAGUUUAAUAAAAUAUCAAGUUUUAUAUAUUAAUAUUAAUAUCAAGUUUAAUAAAAAGAAGGACUAGGGGAGACAUGAUAGCAGUGUUCCAAUAUCUCAGGGGUUGCCACAAAGAAGAGGGAGUCAAGCUUUUCUCCAAAGCACCUGAGGGUAGAACAAGAAGCAAUGGGUGGAAACUGAUCAAGGAAAGAAGCAACUUAGAACUAAGGAGAAAUUUCCUGACAGUUAGAACAAUUAAUAAUAGAAUAGAAUAGAAUUUUAUUGGCCAAGUGUGAUUGGACGCACAAGGAAUUUGUCUUGGUGCAUAUGCUCUCAGUGUACAUAAAAGAAAAGAUACAUUCAUCAAUAAGUGGAACAACUUGCCUGCAGAAGUUGUAAAUGCUCCAACACUGGAAAUUUUAAAGAAAAUGUUGGAUAACCAUCUGACUGAGAUGGUGUAGGGUUUCCUGCCUGGGCAGGGGGUUGGACUAGAAGGCCUGCAAGGUCCUUUCCAACUCUGUUGUUGUUAUAUUGUUAUAUUGUUAUAUGUCUCUGAAUUUUAUGUAACAGAAUACCAGAGUUGAAAGGGAUUGAAUUGACGAUUGCAGAUGUCUUUGGCAUUAGAUUAAACCAAGACGUUGGGUCAUAUCUUUAACUGCUCGGCAUAUGGUUUAUAUAUUUUAAAAAGUCCGUAAGUUGUUUUCGAGACCAGCAUUUAAAUAUCGCCUGCCUUCUGCACUUUGAAUGGAAAAUAAUAAUAGGUAAGGUCAAAAUAGGAAACUAAGUAGUCCUUUACUUACAGUCAUUCAUUUAAUGAUCAACACCACUGAAAAAAAGGUGACUUACAAUCUGUUCUCGCGCUUCAGGCCAUGGCAGCAUUUCCAUGGUCAUAUGAUCAAAAUGAUCUGUAGACAGUUGCACCAACCGGGGUCACAUGAUUGACAUUUGUAGUCUUCCCAGGGGACUUCCAACAAGCGAAAUCAGUGAGGGAAGCUGGAUUUACUUAAUGACCAUUGCAAAAAAUGUUGUUAAAAUGGGCGCGACUUAAGGACUGCUACAAUUAGCGCAGAGGUUCCGAUCCCAAUUGUAGUUCUAAAUCUAAGACUACCUACAACUGCAUUCGAAGUCCACACCUUGAAUUGUUAGGGAUAAUAUUCAAGGCGAUGCACGGAACAUCGUUGCCGUGGUGGCGCAGCGGUUAGAAUGCAGCCUUGCAGGCUAACUCUGCCCACUGCCAGCAGUUCGAUCCUGCAUUCUAACCCCUGCGCCACGUCAGCCCAUUCUCCCCAACAUGCAUUCUAAGGACGGAAGGCUGAGUCAGCCUGGUGAUGAUCAAACUCCUUUUCAUUCAACAAUGUACAGCUAAAUGCGGAGCAGGAAAAGUCAGUUUUGAGUUCCCUGGCUGGGACAUAUUUGUGCAGGUCUUUUUGGCAGCAGUGCAGAAGUAGUUUUCCAUUGCCGUCUUCUGGGAUGGAUGGAUGGAUGUUAAGUCUAGUCUGCAGUCCUAUUCCUGUAAUCUCCUACUGGGGCUUAAUUUAUUACUUCUUGUUAAAUAUAGUGAGUGCUAAAUACAGGGGUGGGCUUCAGAUCCUUUAGCAACAGGUUCGCUGCCCCGUUGCUGGGUGGGCGUGGCCAUGGUUGGCGUGGCCUAGUCGGCCACCUGCACCACGGUGGAGGCUCCGGAGGUUUUUCUCAAGCCUCCAGGAGGGUGCAGACUGCUUCCUCCAGGGUCCAGAGGCCCUCCGGAAACCGGAAACACAUCCAUUCCUGGACUUCCAGAACCUCCAGUAGGGCCGUUUUUUGCUCUCCCAGACUCUCUACGCGGCCCCUGCACUUACCUGGAAUGAUGAACGGUCUGCGUAGAGAUUCCUGGGAGGGGCAAAGAGGGAUGGGAGGGGCCAUCCAGGAGUGACAUUUCGGGGUUUGCCGAACCCUGGCGAUCCUUGGCUAGAGGAUUGCCCAAACCCUGCUGAAUCCACAGCAGCCCACCCCUGGCUAAAUAUAAUAUAUCCAUGGUGGCACAGAGGUCAGAAUGCAGUAUUGCAGAUUAACUCUGCCCACUGCCAACAGUUCGAUUCCGACCAGCUCAAGGUUGACUCAGCCUUCCGUCCUUCUGAGGUCGGUAAAAUGAGGACCCAGAUUGUUGGGGGCAAACCGCUUAGAGAGGGCUGUAAAGAAUUGUGAAGCAAUCUAUAAGUCUAAGUGCUAUUGCUACCUUGCCUCCGCCAUGUCAACUUGGCCCCAACCUUGUUGGCCUUUAAGAAGUCCCUGAGGACAUGGCUGUUCCAUCAGGCCAUGGUUUGUGAAGACCUUGCAUGGUGAUUGCAUUGUUUGUGAAGUCUGGAUGGCAUUCUUCUGUGCUUUUAUGUUUCCAAUUUACUGCUCGAAUUAUUUUUAUAUAUAUAUGUUUGGGGUUUUUUUGCCAUUUUUAACUUGUAAGCUGCUCAGAUUCAUCCUACUGAGAUGGGUGGCUAUAAAAAUUUCAAAAAAUAAAGCAAGCAUG